CUUGAAGUGCCUAGAAUUCUUCUCUUUAAUAAAAAUGAAUAAUACAAAUACAAAUAAUUUAUUGUCUCCUAUACAAGUUGUAGCCAAAUAUAAAUUUGAAGGAAGAAAUAAUGAUGAACUUUCUUUCUCCAAAAAUGAUAUUAUAACAGUUACACAACAACUAGAUGGUGGUUGGUGGGAAGGCUCUCUAGAUGGCCGUGUUGGUUGGUUCCCAACAGAUUUUGUCAAUUUAAUCAAAAAUUGUGAUGACCAACAAAACGCCAAAAAACCUGCCAAAACGACCAAAAAUCGUUUAGAAAUAGAUUUAUCAAAAUUAGAAAUAAGCAAAGCUUCUUUUCGUGUUCAAUUGGUACAAGAAUUUUUAAUUAAAGAAAAUUCAAAAUUGGAAAUAAUUGAAAGGACGUUGGAUACAAUUAAAUUUUUAAUGAAUGAAUUGAAAGAAUUAAAGCCAAUAACAAAUCAAUAUAUUGGAGAUUUAUUAUUAAAUGUUGCCCCAGGUUUAAGUUCAAUUUUGCGUUGUUAUUGUGAAAAAUAUUGUGAUUUAUUGGAAAAGAUUAAUACACAAAGUGCCAAAGUCUCUAAACUACUCGAAAAUGGAAAGAUGGAUUUAAAAUCUCUUAUUCUUGGGUUAAGUCUAGUAUUUCGACAUGUUCAAAAAUAUUCAAGUACUUUACAAGAAAUUGAAAGGAAUACAUUGGAAAAUCAUCCAGACCGUGGAAAUUUGCAAAGAGCUGCUCUUUUCUAUUCUGAUUUGCUUGAAGAUUGUGAAAUGUUAAGAAAACAACGAGAAGCCCAAUUAGAUUUUUUACAAACAAAAUUUUUUGAAGAAAAAUUUGGAGGAAAAAAUAAUUAUGAAUCAUCAAAAUUGGGAAAAUUGUUAUAUAUUGGAAAAGUUAGUUUGUCUUUAGAAGGUGGAAAUAAUAAAAAUAAUAGCUUGGAAGAAAAGGAAAGAAUUAAUUCGCCAGUGGAGUUGGACAGAACAAUAGUAAUAUUUUCAAAUAAUAUACUUUUAUUGGAUAUGCAAACAACCUCUGGUCAAUAUUCUCUUUGUUAUAAUUUUUCAAUUAUUGAUUUAAAUAUAACACAAUUAACUGAUGUUAGAAAUACUUUACAAUUGGUUAAAAAAGGCGAAAACUUGUUUACUUUACAAUGUUUUAGCAGCAAAGAUUUUGUCAAUUUAUUAAAUUCUUUACGUUCAAUUAAUAUUAAAAUAAUAACAACAACAAGCUCAACAACAAAUACUACAAAAAAUGCUCAUCCAACACCUAGAACAAGAAAUAAUUUUGAAGAAAAUGGAAGAAAAGUUGAGGAAGGGAAUAGGCAACAUAACAACGACCAACAACAGCAAAAUUUAAUUUAUUCAAAUAAUAAUUUAAAAAUUAAUCAUCAAUUAGAAAUGAUUUAUCCUGAUGGAAUUGAUGAUGCUGAUUGUAAUGUUAAUGAUGAAAAUUUUAAUAAUAAUAAAAGAUAUACUUCUGGCCUUUCUACAUCCGAAAAUUUGUCUAAUAAUGGGGGUUGUUUUUCAGGUUCUUCAGUUUGUGGAAAUCGUGAAAGCAGACCCUUUUCUGGAUUAUCUCUACGACCUUUACCUCCUAGAAGAAGUGAAUGGUUUUCAAAUAAUAACAAUACUUCACAACAAAUUAAAUUGAGGAAAGGAUUAACCCCAGAAGAACAAGAAGACGCUUUAUUAUUAAAAAUAGUGGAAGGUUAUUGUUUAAGUAGUAAUUGUUUGGCAACUUCUUCAAUAAAUAAUCAUCAAUAUAAACAACAACAACAAUGCUGUCCUCAUUAUUAUCGUCAAAAACAAAGAAAUUCUGCAGAAUCUCAACAUAACUAUAAUUCUUGUGGAGGAGGCCCAAUUAGAAGAGCAGCUUCAUAUCCAGACAAAAAUGAAAUGGCUACAACAACAUUAACUAGACCUCAAUUAAUUGUUGCUGAAAAUGAAAAAAUUUUUGUAGAAGAAAUGGAAGGAGAUCAAAUUGUUUUGAAAGAAAGAAGUUUAGUGGAUACUGUUUAUACGUUAAAAGACAAUUUAUCAGCAUUAACAAAGCAAGUUGCCGAACUUUCCAAAAGCCUUGAACAAGAGCAACGGUCCCGACGUCGAUUAGAAGAAUUAGUUAGGCAAACAAUUCCAUCAACAACAUCAACCUCUUUAAUUGAUCAACAAACACAACAAUUAGAAGCAUCUUAA